CGCUCCGGUGCCGAUGAACCUGUUUGCGACCUGGGAGAUCGACCGGUCCUCUCCGAGCUGCAUCCCCAGGGCCUUGCUGGAGUUUGUAUAAACAUAGAGAAACUACAUCUCCCAGAAUGCUUAGGAGAGCUGGAAGACUCUGACCUGAUCUGCAUUGACCCUGGAUCAUCAGCAUCGUAAUGGACUUUAGAUCAGACACAGAUCACACGGGAGAGACAGAGACAACUUUGGACUCAUGACAUCACUGGUUACAUCACAUUACAGCAGCCAAUCAAAGCCAGAUGAAAGUGAGCAGGUGAGCAGGUAUUAGCUCCUCUUGGCUGGUGUUGACAGGAAGCUGUGGAGGAUGAGUCCCAACUUGGCCCUUCAGUAAUGAGAUCCCAGGAGGAACAGGCCAUCAGGAAAUCAUUUCUUCAGAUCUCAACAUAUGAACAUCUGGCUUUGAAGCUUCACUUAUCAGUGCUGUAGUCACGCUUGGCUCUGAGGAUGCCACUGAGGGUCAACUUUGGUCCAGACUGUUUCAUCUGUUAGACUGGUUGGGAAUUUGGUCCCAACAUUUGUUGUCUCCAGAGGAUGAAACCUCACAACCUUUCAUCCAGCAGGUCAAAGGUUUCACUUAUCCAGUGAAAUAUCUCGGCAUCUACUGGAGGGAUUGGCACAAACUUUCAUGGUCCCCAGAGGAUGAAUCGCAUAGAUGGAUGACAAGACGAUGAUCCCCUGGACACAGACACGCAGACGGAAAGACUCAUAAAAAGGACUGCAAAUGAUGACAGGCCGAGUCAAAGAGAGCCCGAGAUGCAGGUUGUGCAGUCUGACUCUGAAGAGGUUGAUGGUUCUGAAGGAGCUGGACAGAGAGCUAAGCUCCGUCGUCAUCGCCGUUAAGAUCCAGGGUUCGAAGCGGACUUUGAGAUCCAACGAGUACCUUCUUCCUCCGGAUGGACUGAUGGAAACAGACCUGGAGCUCACCUUCUCACUGCAGUAUCCUCACUUCCUGAAGCGAGAUGUGAACCGUCUGCAUGUGAUGCUGCAGAGGAGGAAGAGGUACAAGAACCGAACCAUCCUGGGCUACAAGACCCUCGCAGUGGGAGUCAUUAACAUGGCCGAGGUGAUGCAGUAUCCGACAGACCGAGCCCACGUCCUCGGUCUCCAUAGCAACCUGAAGGAUGCUUCGAUGCGUGCGGCGGAGCUGAGCGUCCAUUCCCUCUCCAGCCAGCCAAUCGAACAGGAGGACGCAGGCGGUCACCACGGCAACAAGACCAAGACCUCAGAUCGCUCUCCCGACAUGGAGAACUACUGGGAGGACGAUGACGACAGCUUCUCCUCUGAACAGGAAGGAAGUGAUGACGCAGUCCCACCUCAGGACUUGGAUGAUGAUGAUGAUGACGUCCAGGGAAAGACGAAGAAGUCUCGCAGGAAAAUGAUCCGAACAGCCUCCCUGACGCAGCAACCGAACUUCAAACAGAAGUUUGUGGCUCUGCUGAAAAGAUUCAAAGUUACUGAUGAGGUUCUGGACUCAGAUCCAGUGGGUCAGAGUCAGGAGGCUGAGGAGGACCUGGACCUCCUGUAUGACAGUCUGGAGGUUUACAACCCGAGUGACAGCGGCCCGGAGCUGGACGACAACGACAGCAUCGUCAGCACACCAAAACCCAAACUCAAGCCUUUCUUCGAGGGGAUUUCUCAGUCGAGCUCUCAGACUGAGAUCGGGAGUCAGAACAGUCAGAGGGGCCAACAGAAAGAACAGACUGCAGCAGCAGCAGAGCGGCAGUCUCCAGAGCGUCCUGCAGCUCAGGGGCCUCGAGGCCCCGAGGAGUCCAGAGGAGAGGAGGCCGUCCCCAGGGAAGUCGAGGACGUUGCUGUGGGAACAGAUGCAGGCCCGGCCGCCAAACUCUGUAAAACUGAGUCCCAAACACACAUGUCACCGAGUAAGACAGGAAGUCAGCUGUCUCGCCAUCCUUGGAGCGUCUCCAUGAAGGACAGGCAGAACUCUAGAGGGACAGACAGAACCAGCAGCGUGGACAGUGAGACGUCGGUGGACUGCAGGAUGCCUCCUCCCCAGGUUGCUAGGAAGUCGGUCCUGGAUCAGCUGAACCACAUCCUGUUCUCUGAUGACCAGAUUCCCGAUUCCAUCAUCCUGAUCAACACAACAGACUGGCAGGGACAGUAUCUGUCGGAGCUCCUCUUCGAUCAGCCAAUCGUCUGCACCGUCUCAGCAGCUGACGUUCAGGCCGCCUUCAGCGCCAUCAUCAGCCGCAUCCAGAGAUUCUGUAACUGUAACUCCCAGACGCCGCCCCCCAUGAAAGUGGCGGUGGGUGGAGAUCAGAGCUACCUCAGCACUGCCCUCUGCUGCUUUGUAGAGCAGCUGGCCAGCAAGACGCCUGAUUGGCUGAACUAUGUCCGCUUCCUCAUCCUGCCCGUUGGAGCCCACCCGCUGGCCAAGUACCUGGCCGCUCUGGACAGUAAAUUCAACAGCCUGUUCAUGGACGCCGGCUGGAGGGAGCUGUUUGGACGUCUGGAGCCUCCUCCUCUCGAUCCUGUCGGUGUAGCAGGUCGAGUGUCUCAGUACCUGAGCGGAGCUGCUGUUUCUCACCUGUGUCCCAUCUCAGAGGCCAUGCUGACCUGCAAACACAAGAGCCCCGACGACGACUCCUGUCAGAAGUUCGUUCCUUUUAUCGGGCUGGUGAAGGUCGGCAUCGUGGAGCAGAACUUCCGGUCCACCUCAGUUGACUCUGAUGACAUCAUACUGGGAUCUCCUCCCUCUCAGCCAGGAGCACCAAUCAGCAUCACCUCCACCCCUCCCCCCUCCCCCUCCACCAGCUGUCCGGGUGAAGUGAUGGGUCUGCAGGUGGACUACUGGAGCAGUCAGGGAGGAGGAGGAGGAGGUGGAGAGCGGAGGAAAGAGGUGGGGGUGAAGAACACACUGAAGAGCAACUUCCGCUGUCUGCAGGUGUCGAGGAUCAGUGGAGGAGAGCUGAUGAGCAUGACGGUGGUGACCAAAGAGAAGAACAAGAAAGUCAUGUUCCUCAGUAAGAAGACGAAGGAGAAGGAGGCGGAGUCGAGGAGUCAGCUGAUCGAAGGAAUCAGCAGACUGAUCUGUACCUCCAAACACCAACACACACUGAGAGUCUCUAUAGAUGGAGUGGAGUGGAACGAUGUCAAGUUUUUCCAGCUGGCUGCUCAGUGGCCGACCCAUGUUAAAUACUUUCCAGUGGGAAUCUUCGGCUACAACAAACCCUGAACCUUCUCCUCCUCCUCACCUGUCUCACAUGACCUCCUGUGGGCGUGUCCUUGUGAGCAGAUGGUGAAGCGAUAGGCUGAACAGUUUUGUACCAGGAGCAGAAACCUUGUUUGCCUUUUAUUCAUGUCAUGUUGGAAUAGAAAUAUUUGAACCAUAUAAGUUACUUUUUAAUUAUUUAUUUUAAUUCUGAUGUGGAUAUUUAUUAC